UGAUAUUAGCGUCCUGACCCAAACCUAAAACUCUCGCCUUGUUGUCAGGUUUCUCAUAAGUGAUCCACGUUGCCUUAUAUCCAUCACUGAUCAUGGUGAUCUGUACUCCGGAACAUUUUAGUGUUGGUUUAGUUUUUAUUCUUGUUUUUAUUCCUCAAGGUCAGGUACAAACUUCAGAAAUACCGAAAGAAAAUGACAAUGCCUCACCAAUCGACCGCAGCAGGAUGUCUGCAAUGGACCUUAUCGUUUACGCAAACACAGGUCAUGACAGCCAUCACCUGAUAGAGGGGGAUAUCGUACCUAGCAGAAAAAGGAAUGCUGUCCAAAUUGAUGCGUGGAAAUGGAACGGACAUCAAAUUCCUUACACUAUCGACGUUAACGGUUUCAGCAUGUAUGGACUGAAAGUGAUUCGUGAGGCUAUUGACCAGUUCAACAGAGACGUCUCCUGUAUUAAAUACGUACCGAGAAGCAAGGAACAGGAUUACGUCAGGAUUGUCCAUGGAUAUGGAUGUCAUUCAUCAAUCGGCCGUGACGGAGGAAGACAGGAUGUGACGCUGGGUGACAACUGUUACUAUACAGGUGUCGUUGUGCAUGAACUGACGCAUGCGGUAGGAUUCUUCCAUGAGCAGAGUCGAUAUGACCGGGACAAGUAUGUGGAAGUCCGAUGGGAAAACAUUGUGGACGGAAAAGAUCGUGACUUUAUUGCCGAGUCUCGUAACAUACUAAACACUUUGGGUGCUCCAUAUGAUUACGGAAGUGUUAUGCACUAUGGCGCCACCACCUUCUCAAAGAACGGUAACCCCACCCUGAAAGCUCUGUUCGAUGAUAAAGGGACGAUGGGCCAACGGAAUGGGUUCAGCGCAGUGGAUAUUUGGAAAAUAAAUAAACUUUAUGGAUGUAAUACAGAGAAUGCCCCAAAACCUUUGUGGAUGCUUCAAGAUACAACUACAAUUGCAAAACCGACGACAGAAAGACCAACAACCACCGAUAAAGCAACAACAGAUGCCACUCCUACUACAACACAGAAUUCGCCAACAACAGCUACGUCGUCAGUCUCCUUGACAACGAGAAUCAUUGCAGCGAUCAUCUCAUCGAGUGCGACGCCCACCGCUGCUCAAAUUAAGCCCUGUACAUACGAUCUAUCUUUGACUCCAGGACUUAGUGGCCCUCCAUCUACAUUUGAUGUUGUUGUGUUCCAAAACUCUUUGCGGAUUUAUUGGACCAAACCUUGCACAGAACACGCAGUCACGGCCUUCAUUCUCACAUACUGGCAGGCUGCAGGGAGGAGAAUAAAAGUAAAGAUCGACCCGACAAAACUAACAUAUUAUAUAUCUACUCUCUAUCAUCCCGGCCGGAAGUUACACGUUACCAUAGCAACGCAAACAGCAGCAGGGGAAGGACCAACUUCUGACGUUAUCAGCACAUAUUCAGCUUGUGGAUACGAAAUCAGCCUCAAAGAGAACGGAACCUUUGACAAAAUCCAUUCUCCGUACUUUAGUCAAGGUUAUUACGAGCCGGACGUCGCAUGCCGGUGGACAAUCAAUGUCCCAAUAGGACAACGGCUUAAGGUCGAGUUUCUGUCACUUGACCUCAUUACUAACGACAGAUGUGACGGCGAUUUUGUCACGAUUAACGACGUCAUGUUUUGCAAUACUGUCCCAAAUAACGGCUAUAUUCUCAGUGAUGAUUCGACCAAUCAGAUCACGUUUUACUCCCAGGCUGGACCGUCAAAGAAACAAGGCGGCUUCAAGAUUUUUGUCAGUGUUGACGGCAAAAGGCCAAGAAAUGUCACAACUGUGUCUUUGCCUGGGAUUAUACAAUUAUUCUGGGAGACUCCGGAGGGGAAACAAGGAAAGCCCUAUGGAUACGAUCUUAAGUAUCGCCUCAUUCCGGAGCAUCACGUGUCUGAAAUUCGGCUAGAUUCUCAUAGGAACCACUUUCCUAUCACAACCGGGACUCAUUAUGGACGAGAGUACGAAAUAAACGUAGCAACCAUCGAUAUUAUAAAUGGAAUCGAGACAAAAGGUGCCGACUACAAGACGAAUAUUCGAGCAGCUUGUGGCAGAAACAUCACUGUCAACAGACCUGGAAUUCUGAGAAGUCCACACUUCCCCGAACAAUAUGAACCGGACACUAUUUGUGAAUGGAACCUCGUUAUCGAAGACGGAUACGAAUUGACAUUGACCUUCAACGAACUUGCCUUGCAGACGACCCCCGGAUGUAUUCUCGACUACGUCGACAUCACAGGAAUAGGAAAACAUUGUACGAUGUCUGACCUUUACAAUGCCCCUCUUGUGACAAGGUCAAAGGUCACUAAGGUCAGAUUUGUUUCAGAUGAAGAAACUGAGCUGAAAGGAUUUGAAUUGCAAUACGCUCGGAUUUUAAUUCCGCAUCGCUAACGGGAAAACUACAAAAGCUGGAAAGAAAAAUCCGGAUACCAAAUCAUGCCGACCCGAACGCUAAGUCGUGUAUAAAAUAACAUGAUCACUUUACACCAAAAUAAAGCAAUGACCAAUUGA